GGGAGAGAAGGAUUAGGUGUGGGGGGGAAGGACUUACCUCCUUCCUUGUCUCCUCUCGCCUCUACGCUGGACAGGGUCUGCUCUUCAAUUCCAACAGUGAUCCAAGAAACCUAGAGGGAGACCAGCAGUUUGGACAGGUGAUCGGGGAAGCUUCGGACUGCCUGAGGAGCAGGCAUGGGGAUUCUUUACUCUGAGCCUAUCUGUCAAGCGGCCUACCAGAACAACUUUGGUGAGGUUUGGAGAUGGGUGCGAGAAGACAACAAUUAUGUGAAUAUCCAAGACAACUUCAACGGAGACACCCCCCUGAUCUGUGCCUGCCGGCGGGGAAAUCUGAAGAUAGUUAGCUUCCUUUUGCGAAGGAAUGCAGAUGUGAACAUCAAAAAUCAGAAAGAGAGAACAUGUUUGCAUUAUGCUGUGAGGAAGAGGUUUACAUUCAUUGAUUAUCUACUCAUCGUCAUCUUAAUGCCAGUUCUGCUUAUUGGAUAUUUCCUCAUGGUGUCCAAGACCAAACAGAAUGAAACCCUAGUAAAGCUGUUACUGAGAGCUGGGGCAGAUGUCAACACUAUGGACUAUGCUGGUUGUACGGCUCUUCAUUAUGCUUGUGAAAUGAAAAAUCAGAACAUCGUUCCGUUACUGCUUGAUGCCCACGCAGACCCGUUGCUGAAGAAUAAGAAAGGCGAGAGCCCCUUGGACAUUGCACACAGGCUGAACUUCCCCCAGAUCGAACUGAUGCUAAGAAAGGCCUCCUGACUCUUCUGAUGGAUGCACGGAGCAAUCAGUAGGCAAUCAAUUGGAUGCCUCAGCUCCACCUCUUGUUUUCUGUCUGACUGUGGGCAGGUCCCCAGCUCUCCUUCUGCCUUAGUUUUUUCACCUGUGAAAUAGGACGACAGUGGUUGCCAACGGCCGUAUUGG